AUCUUGCCUGCGCGCACGCAUACGUAUCGAUCUGCUUAUACCUAAACGCUAGAAGCGACAUAUCAUUUUUCUUAUACUCUAUUAUGACAGUAUUGCACACAAGAGACAGUGCCAAUAGCCCCCGCCAAGUCCUCCUGCGCAACGCAGUGUGCCGUAGCGAGCGCGGGCGCAAGGAUGCCGCUGUUUCGAACAAAAGUUGCUGCCGCUCUCGUGUUUUUUUCAGGCGUAUUAUGUCAACGGAAGCCGAUAAAAGAGGCUCUAUUUUUGAAUAGUGAUAGUUUCGGUAACUCUACAUUGGAAGAUUGCGUAUGGAAGAGGGAAAGAGAGCCAUGCCCCGACCCAAAUGUUACUAUAAAUUUGUACACAGAAGCUGAACCGUCUAAGAAAACUGUGGACCUCUUUAGUGAAGACUGGCUUCGUCAGAGUAGCUGGGAGCCCUCCCACGAAACAAUUUUACUUAUUCACGGUUACGCUGGUGGAGACGAUACACUGCCGAUAAUUGUUCUUCGAGAUGCUUAUCUCCGUCGUGGCGGUUACAACGUUUUCAUGCUAGACUGGGGACAGCUAUGUCAGCCUCCGUGCUAUGUCGCGGCUGUUCACAACUUGCGGCCAGUCGCACGGUGCGUCGCAGAGGCGCUUGCGACUUUGCGUCGAGCUGGCCUCCGACCUGACCGACUGACUUGUGUCGGACACUCAUUAGGAGCUCACUUGUGUGGAAUUAUGUCCAAUUACUUGAACUUCAGAAUGAAUCGAAUUAUUGGGUUGGACCCAGCCAGACCUUUGAUCAGAUCAGCUCCCGCAUUACGUCUAGACCCUGGAGAUGCUCGGGCUGUCCACGUUCUUCACACAAAUGCAGGCCGGUAUGGAGAAGCAGCACGACUUGGUCAUGCAGAUUUCUGUCUAAAUGGAGGAAGAAGUCAACCCUAUUGUGAGGAUACACCUAACGUAGCCCUCUGCAGCCACGUAUGGUCGAUAUGCUAUCAGGCAGAGAGUCUGUUCAGGCCUCGUGCCGCUGUCCCUUGCGGCCGGCGCUGCUCAGUGAGAGUUCCGCCAGCUAGAGCAUCCGCCUUGCCCGUGCCUUUGGGACAACCGGCGCCUAUGACAGCCUCAGGCGCAUAUUGCGUAGAAGACUUUACGGCUCCAUUCUGUCCAGCUACGACAGGCUUAUCGGACGGCGACGAUCGCUGUUGUCUCGACAAACAAUAUGCGGCUGCGGCUACAACCAUUCAACCCCCAAGAACACGACCUAGGCCAAUAGUAAGACUUCGUUCCAGACGGAUUAAAAACAUACCUACCAAUACUUCUUGGAACGAUUAUGAACAAGAAUAAGACAAAUCUAUUUACAUAGAUCAUUUUAGGAAAUAGGGUGGAAUAAGCUGGGAAACUUCUAUUAAAAAAAAGACUUAUAUUUAGCAUCGCUUCAAUGAGAUUUAAAAUUAAAUAUUUACGAAAUUUCAGUCAGUAGUAAUUAUUAAUGUGUUUAAUUCUUGAUAACAGUACAAUAGCAAUUUUGAAAUUUAUUCGUAAUUGUCAAUGUCUAACAGUACCAUCGUUUCAAAAUUAGAUGUGAUAUAAUUAUCUUCGCGUAUAAUAUUGGAAUACUUUGCUGCUUGUUUAGUUCCAAAAACACCCACAUAGCGUUGCUUGAGCUUUUUAUUUAAGUUUAUUUUAACUAUUCUAUUUUCUGACUACAGUAAUUCAAAGGACAAAAGUAAUUUUAAGGGUUUUCUUAAGUUAAUUUGGCUUUAACUUGUCACCUAAGGGACUUUAGUUUUAAUUUUAGAUUCAAGUUACCGCCUGUUAUUUGCAAAACAACACUUAGAAGUAAAUAAUAAUAAUAAUAUUUUAAACCUUUCACACAGUCUAUUUAACAAUUAUCACCAGAAUGAGUGAUCCGAAUUAUUAAAUGACAUGCGACCUGAAUCUGGCAUUCCCAAUUUAUACAUUAAGGAAAAAAUAUGGAUGUGACAUUUUAUUUCAAUAAAAAUCCAAAAUUAUGAUGGUCGAGGCAGCAGUCUCCACUAGUUUAAGGUUUAGUUAAGUUUAAGGUAAGAAUUAAGGCUAAACCUAUAAUACGAUAUAAGCCUCAAAAAGCUACUGACUUAGCAAAUAAAGUAUGUUUAUUAAAAAGCCUGUAAAACAUUCGUAGAUAAUUUCAA